AACAGUAUAAAUACCCCAGGGCAGCUGUGGGAGGACAUCAUCCACUGCUCACCGGGCAGAGGAACCAGGAAAGCUGCCCAUACAUCUCCAGAAACUCCUAGCACCAGGUAAGUCUAGACCAAGGAUCACUGGGAGAUGUCCCUGCCAGGUGGCUUGGAAACAUACUUCAGUCAAUUAUAGACAUCUUUGUAUGUGUGCAUGAUUUUAAAAAGUGGCUUUCUACCAAAAGGCACCAGACAGGUUUGUUUGUAAUUAUCUAUUUAAGAUAUUCUAAUAAAAAGGACUGUAAAAUUUGCCUUAAUGUGAAUUUCAAUGUAUCUUGAAAGUUCUCGCUAUUUCAGGUUAGUUAUGUCAAAGAUUCUGGAUCAUUUAAUACAGUCAUCUAGUAAUGAGAUUAUUUGGUGGGGGUCAUUUUAUUUUUAGAGUAGUAUUUGAAUGCAGCGUCUCAAAACUAGCAAGACAUAUAUAUUCAUUUAACAAAAACUUUCCUAUUAUUUUAUGCAAUAUAUUCAAAAUAUAAAAGGUCAGCCAUACAAAAGAGAUAACUAUAUAACAAAUCAAUCUGCAGAACAUCACACAAAUAAAACAGGUCGGGCAUGGGGCUACGUAUAAUCACUCUCUUCUGGUUUGCAGACUCCGUCUGAAAACAUGCUGCCACAAAUAGCCUUUCUGCUGCUAACAUCCUUGACCUCAGUCCACGGAGUGUUUUAUGCCGAGCGAUACCAAACUCCCACAGGCAUAAAGGGCCCACUUGCCAACCCCAGGACACAGUUCUUCAUCCCAUACUCCGUAAAGAGUAAAGGAAUCACAGUAAGAGGAGAGCAAGGCAUUCCUGGUCCACCAGGCCCACCUGGACCCCGAGGACACCCGGGUCCCUCAGGACCUCCAGGAAAGCCAGGCUAUGGAAGCCCUGGGCUCCAAGGAGAGCCAGGGUUGCCAGGACCACCAGGAAUAUCAACCACUGGGAAGCCAGGCCUGCCAGGCCUGCCAGGCAAACCAGGGGAGAGAGGACCAUAUGGACACAAAGGAGACAUUGGACCAGCUGGCUUACCAGGACCUCGGGGCCCUCCAGGACCACCUGGAAUCCCUGGCCCAGCUGGAAUUUCUGUGUCAGGAAAACCUGGGCAGCAGGGACUUACAGGUGCCCCAGGACCCAGGGGCUUUCCUGGAGAAAAGGGGAUACCAGGAGCCCCUGGUGCGAAUGGACAGAAAGGGGAAACAGGAUAUGGUGCUCCUGGCCGUCCAGGUGAGAGGGGUCUUCCAGGUGCUCAGGGUCCCAUAGGACCCCCUGGCCCCCCUGGAGUGGGAAGAAGAGGCGAGAAUGGUUUUCCAGGACAGCCGGGAAUCAAAGGGGACCGGGGCUUCCCAGGAGAAAGGGGACCAUCAGGGCCACCAGGUCCCCAAGGGCCUCCUGGGAAACAAGGGCGAGAAGGUAUUGGGAAGCCAGGAGUCACUGGGGCCCCAGGUCAGCCAGGCAUCCCAGGAGAAAAAGGCCGCUCAGGAGCUCCAGGAAUAGCUGGGCCUCCGGGAGCUCCUGGCUUUGGAAAACCAGGCUUGCCAGGUUUGAGGGGACAAAGGGGACCUGCUGGUCUUCCUGGGGCCCCAGGUGCUAAAGGUGAACAAGGACCAGCGGGUCAUCCUGGGGAGGUGGGUCUGACUGGACCCCCUGGGAAUAUGGGACCCCAAGGACCUAAAGGAAUCCCAGGGAACCAUGGUAUCCCAGGUGCUAAAGGAGAGGCAGGUCCAGUUGGGCCUGUAGGGCCACCUGGGGCUAGAGGAGCAAGGGGUCCCCCUGGGUUAGAUGGAAAAACAGGGUACCCUGGGGAGCCAGGUCUCAAUGGUGCUAAGGGUAACCCAGGGUUACCAGGCCCAAAAGGUGAUCCUGGAGUGAGAGGACCCCCUGGUCUCCAAGGUCCUGUUGGCCCUGCAGGAGCUAAGGGAGUGCCUGGACACAAUGGUGAGGCAGGUCCAAGAGGUGAACCUGGAAUUCCAGGUGGCAGAGGCCCCAUUGGGCCACCAGGUACCCCAGGAUUCCCUGGAUCUAAGGGGAUCCCUGGAAACCCAGGUCCUCCUGGCCCAGCUGGCAUAGCAACUAAAGGCCUCAGUGGGCCCACUGGUCCUCCAGGCCCUCCUGGACCAAGAGGACACAAUGGAGAGCCUGGUCUCCCAGGUCCCCCGGGUCCCCCAGGUCCCCCCGGCCAAGGAGUCAUGCCUGAUGGUUUCACAAAGGCAAGCCAAAGGCCCAGGCUCUCUGGGACGCCGCUGGUCAGUGCCAACCACGGAGUAACAGGGAUGCCUGUGUCUGCUUUUACUGUCAUCCUCUCCAAAGCUUACCCAGCAGUAGGUGCCCCCAUCCCAUUUGAUGAGAUCUUGUAUAACAGGCAGCAGCAUUAUGACCCAAGAACCGGAAUCUUUACCUGUAAGAUCCCCGGAGUAUACUAUUUCUCCUAUCAUGUGCACGUGAAGGGGACGCACGUGUGGGUAGGCCUGUAUAAGAACGGCACCCCCACAAUGUACACAUAUGAUGAGUACAGCAAAGGCUACCUGGAUCAGGCUUCAGGGAGCGCAGUCAUGGAGCUCACAGAAAAUGACCAGGUGUGGCUCCAGCUACCCAAUGCAGAGUCAAAUGGCCUCUACUCCUCUGAAUACGUCCACUCCUCCUUCUCAGGAUUCCUAGUGGCUCCCAUGUGAGCACUUAAUACCAAGCUCACAGAAAUCCUCUGCUUGGAAAGGCUUUCCCCCAGCGCCAUUACGUCCACCCUGGAGAUGCAUACGGAGGUCGGCUAAAAGUAAUGUGAACAACUGAAAUUGUCUAAAAUGCACUCCGAGACCCGAGUUUCCUCCUGCAAAAGUGAGCAGCAAUGGUGACUAUGUGAGGACUCUCCUGAGCACUCUGCAAUCCCAAAGCCCAUGUGGGUUUCUGUGAAUUCCCUUUUUACAUAAUUUUUACCGUAAGUUAAAAAAAACCCUCACAAAAACAGAAAUAAGGUUCCAACUCACCAUAAAUUUCAUUUCAGAAAUGCAGCAUUUUUUUAAAAGCCUGUUUUUAAUAAUUAAUAUGAGAACGUCUAGGAAACAUGCAGGAAAUAUCACAUCAUUUUAUAUUAUUUGAAUACUUGAAUAUUCAAAUUUAAAUGACACUGUAUACCCUAGGAUAUUUCUGAUGGUGCAUCACUCUACGGCUCAUAUAGCCCCUUUCAUCAAGAUAAAUCCAAAUGCACAGGUGCACGCACACUUUUUGAAACUCGCAUAAGAAACCAAACUAAUGUAUUAACAUGAAUUUGAACUACAAGGUGCUUUGCCACAAGCUUUUCCAGCUUUUCUGCAAUUGUGGAAAGUCCACAUACCUGGUGCGACUUGGAAACAGAUGUGUGACCUAGUCUGCUGUCUGCCACACAGUGUGAUCACUCUGAUUUAAUUCGGCUGCAUCUCUGUAAAAUGAUUUUAGGGCCUACAGAACAUUAGCAUGGGGUGCUUUCCAUUCCAGUGAAAGCAUAAUUAACAUUAAAGUUUUCAAAAUCAGACUAGAAAUGAAAAGACAUUAUUUAUUUAUGCUCUGUACUGUAUUUUUAUAUUACUGUUUAAAACUGUUGAGCUGUACUUCACUUAUUCAAGCACGGAGUACUCAAUCUACUUGUUAUUAUAAAGCAAUAAAAUGUCAUGAAUAGAUCUUCCUUCUACGCUGAGUUUACUUCAAAGCAACAAACCACGCUUUUCCUUGGAUAAAGCUAAUGAGAAAAUAAUGAAACACAGGGUGACUUCACAGUUGUCCUGGGUUCGUCCCUUUGUCAAGAUGGACACGGCACACACCAUGUACUAUGAAGUAAAAAAAAAAAAACAAAAAAACCCCGCCACUCUGAGCCAGGACCAAGGCUGAUGAGUAGACACAGGGAAAUAAAAAUACACAAACAUCACUUUAAAACACUGUUUUUGUCUUGGUGGGAGAGAAGAAGGUGUCAGAGAAAUAUCAAAUUGGAACAAAUACCCUGCAAUUAUUAUUUAUGGACUUAGCACAUUUUAGUCAUAAUAUUUAGAAUUAUUUUGAUAGCCUGAUUUACUAAAAGGAAGGCAUAUAAUUUUGGGGUGUCAAUCAAAAGGCAACAUAUUUCAAAACUUAAAAUCCUGCUGAAUCCAUCAGCCCACUUGUUAAUCAAGCCAGUCUGACUCAGUCACUAGGGUAAUGUAACAUAAAGGCUUUUGACUCCUUGGAGUAAGACUCUCUGUAAACCUUCAGAGGAAAGCAAAAAGCCCUAGCUUGGGGUUGACAGUAACUCGGGCCCCAUUCUGGGUCAACCACUCCUGUUCCUUAAACCAAGAGAAUGGAAAUUCUACCAGCGGGUACUUGGUCUCUCCGUCACUACUACACUGAGGGUUACAGCUGUCACCAGCUCCCGUUCCUAAGCCACGACACAAGGACUGUGACCUUCAUUUGAGGGAGCAUCCUCCAGCCCAGGAGAGCUGCACUGGGAGCACGUGAAGGCAGAGGAACAGACCGGCUGAGACUCCCGACAGCUACAACCAUAAAGCAGAAUGAAUACAGGUACCAGAACUAAUUGUAAACAUUUUUAUCAGAGCCCAAGUGAGGAGUAGAGCAAGAGAGGUAGUGUCUAUCCAACUCAGCAGACACGGGGCGGGGCGUUGAACAAACCUCUACCAGGAAG